CAAUCCGAAUUUAAAGAGUCUCAAAUACAGCAUUUCUUAGAAAGGAUAAAGAUUCAAGAUGAACAAAUUGCAAAACUGGAUGAAGAUGUGCUACUUUUGCACAAAUCCGUUGAUACUAAUACAGUGUCUAAAGAAGCUCUGACAGAGCCAGAAACGAAAUCUGCUUAUCAGACAUACUCAAAAAUAAACAGUAGAUCUGUUGAGACACAAACAGAUCUAGAAGUGAUUCCGGUUAAGGAUAACAAACAAGAGCUGGUUAACAUUAAGUGUGAUUUGCUGAGAGCGCAGGAGGUUUUGAAAGAGAAAGAACACGUUAUUGAUCAGCUGAAGAGUAAGAUGAAGUGGCACUUAGCGUUAUGAUUUCACCAUCAUUUGGAACAGACUUUGAUGGAUCUUCAGCUUCUUUGACCAAUUUAACUUCAGUACCACCCUGCACGUCAUCUCCUGAGACGUUGUCUUCAACUUCAAUUCCACAUUCUGAUAACGAAAUUCCUUCACUUUCAUUAAGAAAUUCUUCAAUUUGGUGAGAAUGAGAUGGCGAUUAAUCUAUUCAGGAAGCAAAUCGGAGACAAGCAAAGUCAAAUUAGUUUUUAUGAGAGACACAUCGUGGAAUUGCAAAACAAGAAGGAUGAAAUAAUGAAUUCUAGUGGUGGUGCCGGAGGUGACAAUAUUUCUGUUGGCACCGAAACUCAAUUACAGAAUGAACUUAUAGCGCUGAAGGGUUCUAUAAAGGAUCUUCAAGACAGACUAAGUUCAAAAGAUGAAGAAAUUAUAAAGUAUCAAACGCUAUUGAAAGUCGACAGAGACAAGCAUAGUUUAGCAGCUGCAAGUUUGCAAGAAGAGCUACAAAAGCUGAAAGCCUGCCUUCUGGAGGAAAAGCAUAAGAAUGAAAGUCAGAAAGAGACAUUUGCAAAACAGCAACCCAAUAGAGCUGCUUUGGAACAGUAUAUUUCACAGGUGCAUGCACUGGAAAAGCACACCUCAGAGUUGCAUACCAAGAUAUCAAGCUUGGAAGCCCAACUUCAAUCCAGCAGAGAAGAGAACGUGAGGUGGAUGUCUUUGGCCAAUGACAGACUCAAAGCCAUGGAGGAACUGCGAAACAGGUGA